UCUCGCGAUCUGUCGAAAUCUAACCUCUUCUCUUCACCCGUCUGUUCUCUCUUUCGCAUUGUCGUAAUGCGCGCUUUCGUUUAUUUUCGAGCACCGCGAAAUCCGAUUCUCUCUAUCGUAUUGUCAACAUCUUUUUCUGUAAAUCGCCGAUGUGUUUUCGCGUGAAUUGAUCCAACGCGAAAAUUUCGCUUGUUUAUCCACUUUACACCCACUGAUAUUCUGUCAUGUCAGUCGUGGAUGAGAGAGACAUCAAAUUAGCCUCGUCGAGUACGCACGUAUCACGGCGGGAUUUCUCGAGUUUUGCGAUAUUCCUGUGAAAGUAAAUCUCACGACAAUCGUAAUUUUGAUGUGAUUACAUAUUGAUAGUAGAGUUGCGAAUUGAUUGUGUUGGUAGCUAUUUCCAAUUGUGUGCGUCUGUCUCUCUCUUUCUCUCUCUCUAUCUUUUUCUUUUUCUUUGAGUUAUGGGAAAUCGAGUUUUAGAAAAUGUCUCUUUUUUGUGAUAUGAUGACUGAUGUUUUUGCAAUCUGUAAAAAUGUCUUGAUAUAUUCUUUACACAUGUGUAUAUAUAUGUAUAUGAUUAUUAAUUAUAUAAAUCAUCAUCAUAUAAAGUCUGUCUUGAAAAAAUAUGAAUAUGAACAAUUAUUAUUGCAUCAGAUAUGAUAUUAAGUGGCAUCAAUAAUCAGAAAUUACAAUGAUUGGUACAGCCUGUACUUUGGAGGAUGCGUAUCAGCAGGCUCAGGAGAUGAUCAAUCAAGCAUGCAGACGCUGGAAAAAUGCUCAAGCUCCAAAUUCAUUGGUCUUAACAUCGGAUAAAUUGCAGAAAAAAGAAUAUGGUCAUUCCAGGCACAGUAUCCAAUCUAAACUCACGAGACUCUAUUUUGACGAACUUCAUAAGGUUCCUUAUGCAACCCCAGAUUCAGUUCUGAACAACCUUGAGAAUGAGUGUGAUCUUUUGGGACGAUUGGUGCAAAGAGAAGGAUUACAUACUUUAAUUGUUAAUCUCUAUGCUGGUAAUAAAGGAUACUCAUUAGCUGUAAGAAAUAGCGAUAAGAGUAAUCAAUAUGAUAGAAAUUCGUUAGAGAAACUCAAUGAGACUCAAACCAUGGGAUAUGAACAGGGUGAACUACUUUCCUGUAUAGAUAAUGGUCAGUUGCCGGCUAUGCUAGCCGAACAAUUAGAAUCCAAUUAUUCAUAUUUAUUUUACGAUGGCUGCAUAAUCGCUGAGGUUCGGGACUAUCGAAAGACAUUUACACACAACACUCAUAACAGAGCAGUAGUUCAUCAUGUGCUUCUUAAACCCACAACACAGAGUGUGCUAUCAGACGUGUCGACACUUACGAGUGAUGGAGAAUGGAGUCACGAAGAGAGAUUAAUGUUGGAAUCACGUCUAGUGGCAGCUACUCAAGGACCUCUAUGCUUAGAUCCAAAUCCUAUUCCCACUUUAGCUAGUACAAAAAUUAAACAGUCCAAGUCGUUGCUUACGGAUCAUCAACUUAUGCGACAAGCCAAAAAGUUCUCUCAGGUCACAGCUAAUCGCAAAAGAAAAUUGGAACAAUUGGCGCAGGAACAAAAAGUACAAUCGAUACAGGAUAUGCAAAAAUCACGGUCGAAAAGAAGGGGAUUAGCGACAAGCACUGCCUGCCCACCGCCUUCUCAGCCAAAUGUUCCUCUGCUUCCACCGAAAUCUGACGUUGAUGUCCUAAGAUUUGCAAAAGCAGUCGAGCGAUCAAAAACAGAAACACAAGACUGUUCGCCAAAAGUUAUAGAAGAAUAUAUAUUAGAGCCUGCAGGAAGUCAGAAUUGCAUAAAGCUCUCGAUCUUACAGAGACCCGCUACUUCCGAGUACCUUGGAGAGCUUUUCUAUAUCAAGAAUCAAGACGGGGAGAAGAACGGUUCUUCUUGCCGGUUCUCAUUAGGCUCUCACGCAGUGGCUGAUCAUUAUUUUAAGCAAUUCAAAGAAAUCUUCACAAAGGAAGGUAGACAGAAUGUUCACAUAAAACACAUUGUGCCGGGACAGGCUCCAUGUAUUGCGUAUACGUCUACCUUGCAACGAGCGCACCAACAGGCACAGCAAGCAAAAGCUGCGGCUCAAUUGGCGGCUCAACAGUUACAGCAAGCUCAAUCUCAGCAUGUAGCACAGCAGCAAGUCCGCGCGUCAUUUCAGAUACUAUCUCGUGCUCAAGGCCAAUUGAAUACUUUGGCUGGCCAAGUAGCUUCGGUAAAGGCUAUGGCAGAAGCCACCACUUCCGCACAAAAUAAUCUGUCAUGCGUGGACUCCACGAAUAUGCCGCAAGUUAUUUCGCAGAACACGGCGCUAAACGCGAGACAGUCAUUAGCAAACGGAGAUCCCAACGCCUCUACUUCUGUGCAAAUUGAUAAUUCCACGAUGGCGGUAGCGAACAAUAUCUGUAAUGGUCCCGGUAUCCUGGUCUUUCCACAAAAACCUGCUGCUAUUGUUAAUAAUGCGGCAUCUACCAAUGUUCCGGUUUUGCAAGCGCAAUUGCAAGCCGGAACACAGAACUGUAUAAGCGAUAGCGGCAAUCAAAACCAAAAUGAGCCACCAUUCAAGAAAGAAUCAAUAAGCAAGAUUGCCACUUCCCUUAUGAAUUCUGCGGACGAGUUUGAACAACAAAAAAUUGCAGCCAAUGCUGCGGCCGCAGCUAUGAAUAACAGCGCGCAAGCUUCGAACAAGUCCAGUAACGCCGCAAUUCUUAGUCUAUUAAAUAGCACUCCUGCGAAUUUGGCUCAGCAGAAGGUUCAACCUCGGAGGAUCUCACUCAAUGCCGCUUCCAUACCGCCUAGAGUUAUUAGUCAUGGCAACGUAUCUAAUACCACAGGCCCAGUGCGAGUGAGCUUGAGCUCUGCUUUAAGUGAACAACUUGGUUGCAAACAACAACCGGUAAAAGCAACUGCUGUGAGAUACACACGAGUUCAAGAUCCCACGUCUAAUCUUGCAUCGUCAAUGCCGGGACUUUCGGCUAUGCUUGCUGGUAAAGUGAAAGAUAUUUCUAGAGUAAUACCAGUGGUUAAAAAUACACCGUCGGCAGAUAAUCCGAAACCCGGGAUAAAUUCGGACUUGCAGUUACUCCAACGAAUCAAUGCGCCUUCCAGUCAAAGCAGUCAACUGGGGAAUCUGAUGACCAGCCCGUCGCCGACCAACGUGAAUUUACAAAGUGUAAACCUCACUAGUCUGACGAAUUCUUUCAACGCUUUGCAAAACGUUCAGGGCACGCAACUCAUCACGAUGUCUUUGAACGUGUCACAAACUACUGGCGGUACCGUUACACCGACCGGGGUUAUUGUUUCUCUUCCAAUAUCGUCCGCCACAAAUACCUGCACAACUGUCUCCAGCAUGGUUGCUGCGACUGUUGUUACGACAGCUAUAGCUGGAAGUAGCACUCCGACAGUUGUGAUCGCCAAUCCUGCCAAUGCUCAUUUGUCUUUACCAAUAGCCCAGAUACUACCGUCUGGAGUAAAGGGAUUGUCGCAGCAAAAUAUAAGGAGUAAUAACGCAGUGACUCUUCCACAGGGAGGACAAGCAAUCCAACUCAUUGGAUCUCAAAGGCCACGAGUUAAUCACAUGAAUCGUCAAGUACAACCAAAUCAAGUCAAGUCGGCUGUUUUGUCGAAUCAGUUGAUCGCCAAAAACGUGACGAGUCAGUUAAUAUUAUCUGGUAGCAAACAAGUAUUAACUCCCAUAAUAACCACGACAAAACCUGUGCUUAUGGCGUCGCAGACGACGCCUUCUUCCCUAGUACCUGUUAAUAAACAAACUUUAUUGACAAAAUCCUUACAUGCUAGGACUUCUACUGCUCAAUGCAGUCAGCAGACGCAGAGUUACGGAAUGACUCCUUUGACUACUUUGUCACCACAACAGCUUCAGCAAUUGCUGGCCGCGCAAAAAGUCGCAAUCGCGACUGGAAGUUCUCAAAAUAGAACUCAGAUUGAAGCUCAGAGGAAUUCCACAUCUGCCCCCGGGGAAGAUCCCGCCUGAAUAUGUUCAAAUAAUAAAUGAUCGUGUUACGACAAAAAUAAUUGGAGCCCGCCUAGAAGAAAUGUAAUGAGGCAUUUGUAAAUUGUCACUAUUGUGUCUACUUUUUAAUGUAAAAACUUUGUUUUGCAUGUAAAAAUGUAAUGAUGAAUUCUUCCUUGUGAAUAUUUUAUAAUUUUUGAACAACUGAAUAGCCUAUAUAUAAUUGCAAAGAGGUUUUACUUGCGAACGAAUUGAUGAACGAAUGUACAUGAAAACUUUUAACAAAUCAUGAUAUAUUAGCCUACGUGCAAUAAAAUCAUUUUUCUGUUAAUAAUGUCUGCCUUGGAAUGUUACUUUAGGGAAGGUUUCAAUUAUUGUACAUAUAACUUAUACAUACAAUACGAUUUGUUUUUUAUAUUAAAAAAUGUAAUAAAUA